GCGGAUGGACUGAUUCUGGAGAUUUUGGCUGCUUUGGGAAUUGUGACUCUACUACUGACCAUUGUUAGUUGUUUUUGCUACAAGAAAAGAAGAUGGGUAAAAAAGGCAUUCUACCCGGACAUCCCUGAGCCCAAGCUGCCUGGUGAUUGGUCCAGGACACAGGGACCUUUGGACGUGAAGCCGUUUCCCCACAGUAUGGUCCAUAUCAUAGAAAAACCUGAGCGGGAUUUUAGUAAGGACACCCUCGUUAUCAUUCCUGAGGAAGAGGAUUAUGAUGGAGAGGGAAUUGGAGACGAGCCGGUAGACACGGAUGAACCGCAGCUGUUGCGUUACUACAACCAGGUGGUGGAUGAGCGCCCCAUUAGGCCGCGGUUUCCAGACUCCUCAGUUUCCUCCUCGUCUUCUGUAGAUUCAGCCAACACUGAUGUGACGUACACAGGUAUCCAGACAUCCCACUCUUCUUUGGUCUUCCCUUCAGAGUCUCAGGGAUUCUCUGAGGGCUUCCAAUCACACAGUGGUCUCUCUUUAAGCAGCGGGGAUAGAGGACAGGGUUACCACCCACAGAUGCACUCAGUAGCCCUGGGUGGAAACCUAGCUUCUCCUGAGCCCAUUGUGCAGCCUCAUGAUGUUGGUUCUGGAGGCUACAAGCCCCAGAACUCCUGGCUUUUAGACUCUCCCACUGAGGGAGAUGAAAAUAGCCCGGCCCCCUCGCUGGGAUCACCCACCUCUGUAGCUUCUACUCAGUUCCUCCUUCCUGAUGGAGAAAGACACGAAGAAAAGAGACAACAACCAUCAUCAGCAACAAGCUGGUUCACCAACCUGCUGUCAUCUGCAAAACCGUGACAUCAUCUCAUUUUGGCUUAGUUGGGUGAAUCCCUCUUCUUUUCUGUCACCAUUGUCUCACAUCUACAUUCAAGGAAGAAUCCUCUCUCACUGUAGCACUGCGUUAUUAAAACUUGGAUCUUGACUGAGUAAAUGCCGUUCAAGGUGUCUUUACCAAAAAAUCAACAAAUAUACAAGUUAUUUUUUCCCUCUUCUUUUUAAUGGGAUAUACAUUAAAAUGUACAUGAGAAAAUGUAUUUUGUCAACAGACAUCUACAGAUUUGCAGUCAUGUCUCUGCUCAUACGACGGUUAAUGCCCCCCCGGAAAGCCUGAAAGUUGUUAAAUGAUUUUAAAAGCUUAUUUGUACGAGAUGCUGUGAUGGCCAAUCAUCUUGCAUUUGCAGGUUAGUUUUUGUUAUGUAAAUAUCUGGAGUUCUCUAUAAAAAACUGGGAGCAAAAAUAAGUUUCCCUGAGAGCACUAAAAGAAAAAUAGAAGUCUUAAACACUAGAAACGUGGGGUUAAUGCAGUGUUUAGAGUUCUAUUUGUGCAUAUUCUACAAUAUAUACAUUUAAAUUAAAGUCUGGUGUUUAUUCUGAACACAAUGCAUCAGACUUAUUUUAGCUUGACAUUUAGUAAAUUUCUAAAAACUGAACAAAUUAAAAUAUUAAAUGGCUUGUAGAGCGCUUUAUCAAGCCCAGAGGAACUUAACACUACAAGACGCUUCACACUACAUUCACAACACAUUCGCACACUGAUGGUGGCUAGCUACUACAUUGUAGCCACUGCUGCCCUGUGGCAGUCUGACAGAAGCAAAGCUGCCGUCUUUUCUGCUGUCAACUGAUGAGUUACUGAAAGACAAUGUCAAGUCGCUUUAAUAACAGCAAAAAAAAUAGUACUAAAGUAGCUUCCAUUUUUUUUUAUAGAUUUUU